CGUUUCGAUGGAUUUAUGAUUGAUGUUAUUAAUGAUAUAUCUGGAUUGGUUGGAUUUGAUUACCGAAUUCGACCAACUCCUGAUGGACGAUAUGGACACAAGUUACCCGAUAGUACCUGGACUGGUAUGAUCGGAGAUGUUAUACGAGGGGGAGCAGAUGUAGCAGUAGGACCACUUCAGAUAACAUUGGAAAGAGAAAAGGUUGUUGAUUUCUCUAAACCGGUGAUAACCAGUGGAACACAGCUAUUGGUCAAAAGACCGGAACUACCUUAUAGUGACAUCAAGGAUCUUAUGAACCAAGACGAGGUGUAUGUCGGGGUAGUCAGAGACACUUUCCAGGAGAAAUCUGUAGAGAGGAUGCAAUCAUUGAGUGGGUUUGGUCUGUGGGAUUAUGUCAAGAGAAAGAAUUCCUUCCUCGAUUCGUACGAGGAGGGUAUUACCCAAGUUAAAAAUUCAGAUGGGAAAUAUGCUUUAGUUGUCGACCAAACGGAUGGCGCCUUCAUUACUGGUAAACAUUGUGAUGUGGCAUUAUUCGGAGAACUCUUCAACAGCAUCAAUUUGGCAUUCGCUUGCAGAAAAGGAUCUGGUAUCUGUGAUAAACUAUCACAAGGUAUAUUGAGCAUGAGAGAAACUGGACGUAUUAAGCUUAUCUAUGAUAAAUGGUUCCACAGUGGUGUUUGU